UUUGCGGUACUACAUAUAUCUAUUUAUAUUUAUAAAUAAUUAUUUAAUUUGUUUUAAACAAUUUGCAUUUAAUAAUUUACCUGUUCCUGGAUAGUCGGCAAUUUAUUUCAAUAUUUUUAAUUGCUAGUGUAAACCAUAAAAAUAAAUAUUAUUAUACCUUGUUCCUACACCUUGAAUAACAAAUGUAAAAUAUGACUACUGAAGCUGAAGAAACUGCUUUGCGAUAUAGGAGAGCUCAAAGUGUUACUAGAGCGGAAGAAAUUACGGAACAGGAGAAAAGAGUUCGUAAUCUGCAAUAUGAUAAACCGUGCCAUAAGCCACGUGACUCAUUGUUCUCAUGGAGUUCAAACUUCACAAAUUUCACAGGAUUAGUGAACUGGGGUUUCCUAUUACUUUCAAUAGGAGGAUUCCGGCUAUUCCUUGAAAAUCUUCUAAAAUAUGGUUUACGCGUAAACCCUAUUGAAUGGGUCAUUGUAUUGACUGGAUAUAGCGAGGAACUAGGGCAGAAUCGGCAAUACCCUGCAGUUGUACUCUUGAUAUUUUGUGUGGUACCCACGGUUUUAACCCUUUUGAUUGAAAAGGGUAUUGCAGUAGGUAUACUUUCUCAGUCUAUCGGCAUUACUUUACAACUGUCCAACAUAAUAUUUGUGAUAACGUUGCCUGUUAUUGUACUAUAUUUUAAAGGCAAUGAUUUCAGUUUCGUUGGGACAACAACUGUGUGCUUCGUAUAUCUAAUAUUGUUUCUCAAGCUAUGGAGCUAUAGUCAAACUAAUCAUUGGUGUCGAAAUGCAUUUAAAGGGAAAUCAUCGAAAAAUAAACUGCGGCGUCAAAGUCUAUCAGCACCCAAUUGGAAUGCACUCAAUAACGCUGAACAUGAGCAGACAGUUGAAGAAGAGAAAAGUGACGCGGCUGUUGCGGCUGGAUUCGUCAAAUAUCCCGAUAACCUGACACUAAAGGAUCUGUUCUACUUCAUGCUGGCUCCCACGCUGUGCUACGAACUAAACUUUCCACGAACUGCACGCAUCCGAAAAAGGUUCUUGAUUAAAAGGCUGCUAGAAGUGAUAGUUGGUACGCAUCUUGUUUUGGGAUUGCUCCAACAAUGGAUGAUACCUUCUCUGACCUCUUCAAUACAUACGUUCUCCCAAAUGGAUGCUAUGAAGAUGACGGAGAGGUUAUUGAAACUCGCGGUUCCAAAUCAUCUCAUUUGGCUGUGUUUCUUCUACCUUUGUUUCCACUCGUUCCUGAACUUAUUGGGCGAGUUACUACAUUUUGCUGACCGUAAUUUCUACGGCGAUUGGUGGAAUGCGAAUAAUAUAGCCAUCUUUUGGAGUAGCUGGAACUUGCCUGUGCACAGGUGGGCUGUACGCCACGUGUAUAAACCUAUUACGGAAAGAGGUCAUAGCAGAUUUGUUGCCAGUCUCGUAGUAUUCUGCAUAUCGGCUUUAUUCCACGAAUAUUUGGUGAGUGUACCGCUGCAAAUGUUCAGAAUUUGGGCAUUCUUAGGCAUGAUGGUGCAGCCACCGCUGGCUAUUAUUUCACGCUUCGCGGAAAAAACGUGGGGCCCUCGCUGGGGCAAUAUCAUCGUCUGGAGCUCUCUCAUCCUUGGUCAACCACUUGCAAUUAUGAUGUACUUCCAUGAUUAUGCUUUGGUUCAUUUUGCAGUUCAACAAGACUAGAUUUUUAUUUACUAUGAUGAAAUUAUUCCAUGAAAUAUUUAUAAGAGAAUGUGACCUGAAUUACAAUUAAUCGGAAUUGGUCCGUUCUGCAAUAAUUCAUAUUUAGAUGUAUUAAUAUGAAAAUUGAUAAAUUUCGCAUCCUUGCGGUAAAAGUUUAAAGCAUUUAAUUCCGAGACAUUGUCUCAUGUUUAGUCUUAUUGUAAUUUUCAUAUAAUUAUAUUUACAUUAUUCAUCAAAGAGAGAAAGGAUAUAUUACUAGCAUGACACUACAUCUACAAGUUUUGUAGUAAAAAAUAUAUGUUUGUAAAUUUUGUAUUAAUAGUACUAGUAUAAUAAUAGUUUUAUAAUUUGUCUUCUGCUCUUCCAAAUAUAAGUUGUUAAUCGACUUCAAAAAAGGAUGAGGUUCUGUGUUUGAGCACUCUGUAUGUUUCUAUUUUAUAUUAAUUGUUAGCUUCGUUCAUUGUGACGUCUUUUUAUGUUGCUUGUAAUCUAACUUUGUUAUCUCUAUCUUAUUUUUCCUGUUAAUUCUAUGAUUUGUUUAUUUAUAUUUUACGAAAUUUCGCACUUAGAGUACUAUGCUCUUUCUACAUUGCUAUUAUUUGUUAACUCAAUAACAAGAAAAUAUUUUUUAUGAUAUAUGAUGGCAAACGAUGCCACUGGACCCUAUUAAUGGAUAUUGGAAAGUUUAGACUAUGUACCUGGUGUGAACAGCAUCAGGGAAAUAACAAAAUACGUUUUUAUGCCUUUAGUAUAAAUCUCUUAAACAUUAAGGUGUAUCGCAAAGCAACUUUCUUGGGAGAUAUAUGUAUGUAUAUAAUAGAAACGAUGGCAAUAACCGGUGUAGACGAGUCUGUAGAAAUUUCUGGUAAAAUAAUAAUGAAUUUAAUUUAAUGUUAUGAAAUUAUCAUGCACAAUUUUUUAGAUAUAUAUAUUAUUAGAUAAGUAAGAUAUUUAGUAGAUAAGUAUACUUUAAAGUGUUGAAUAGAAGUUUGAUAGAGUUUAUACUGUUGUUAUGAAAGUUGUAUGGUGCAUGAUUCUGUAAUGCCAUAAACACAUAUUUUAUUACUUGGCUAGUUUAAGAUUUUAGAACCUGCAUAACAUAUGUAAUAGAACAUUAUUUUUACUACUGAAAAUUUAUAUUUUAUCAUAUUGAAUUACUAAUUUA